AUGGGCCUCGGGGUGUCUCGACAAGGCCUUGGUGUUCUCAGCGCAUUUGCAGCAUGCCUGCUGACGGCUGAAUCACUAUCUUUAAGUGCAGAUCUUCCAGGGUUGCAGGACGUGAAGCUUGAUGUGGACCCAGCUACAGGAUCUGCCUCCUACUCCGUGCCCCUGAAGCGAAGGCGACGGCAGGCCAGGCCGGACUUCUGGCAAGCCUCCACGACUCCAUCAGAGCCUGCCUACGACAUAGGUGCGCUGGGUGCGGGUGCCUGCGAGAGGUUGGACAGCAGUGAGCCGAGCACAGAACAGGCUCCUGGCUCCAAGCAGGAGGCAGCCAGGAAGGACGCGGAUGCAGAGGAGUCCAGGUGCAAGGAGGAGGCCGCUAGUGAGGUGGUCCUCUGCGAUGGGGCCGUGAGGAACACGCUGCGCAGAAGGGCGGCGGCUCAGGGCUCCCGCAUAGGCGAUGGCUGCAUCAUUGCCUAUCGCACCGCUGAGGGGCAGCCUCUGAGCGAGGUCGAGGUUGGUGCCGCUGCAUUGCCGUGGGCGCUGGAAAUCACUGCCCGGAGAGUCCAAGUCGGCGAUGUGGUGGACGUCGUGGGCAUCGGGGAGCAUGCCCUUGCGGAUGAGGAGAGUGCCCCUUCCGACGGUGGCGACCUGGAGCGCCGUUGGAGAUUCGAGAUCGCGACUGUGCGGGGCAAUCAGCACGACAAGUUCCGCAUGUCGGUGGACGAGCGGAUUGACAUGGCAAGUCGGUUGCGUGAGCGCGGCAAUGCGAUGCUGAAGAGAGGACGCCUGCAGCGAGCGGCGGACUGCUACGAGAGGGGAUCCUCGCUGAUGGAUGUCAUCGAAGCCGAAGACAUGGGAAGCAUGGGUGGAAUGGGUGGAAUGGGUGGCAUGGACGGAAUGGGCGGAAUGGGCAACAUGGCGGGCAUGGGAGGCGGCAAGAAGGACGAAAAGGCGGUCGCCAACAACAAGAGGAUUCGCGAGUGCCAGAAGCCGAUCCUUCUGAAUUGGGCACUGGUCCUCAUGAAGAGGAGCUGCUGGCAGGAAGCGGAGCGGAAGUGUGCUGAAGUGAUCCUGGAUAUCGACGGCUGCUGCGUCAAGGCGCUGUUUCGACGGGGACAGUGCCAAGUGCAGCUGGGAAACCUGGAAGAGGCCAAGAAGGACCUCUUGAAAGCGCGAGAUCUCGACGAUUCCAUCGCAGCGGACGUGGAGAAAGAAUUGGCAAAGCUCAAGCGUCAGCAGAAGGUUCUGGACCGUCAGGAUCGUGGCUGGGCACAGAAGGCAUUGGAGAAAGGUCUUGCAGAUGCGCGAUCUGCAGCGAGCCAUGGCGGUGAAAAGCCUGAGGAGAACACGGACGACGGGAUCGAGUGUAGUGUCAAGGCCUUGCUACCAAAGGAUGCCAGGGGCGGCAGGGGCGGUGCAUCAGUUGGAAUUGAGAAAGCGGCAGGUAGUGAUGCUGCGAGAAAAGCGAGCAGUUAUGCACAUCGCCUGCUGCAGCGAGCAAGUGGCCUGGAAGACUGCCGCUGGCUGCAGAUGAUCAACCACGACAUGUUUGAUCACUAUAACCUGGUGAUGGGCUUAGAGGGGCGGUUCCAUGGCUGGUGCCCUCCGGAUGCUCCACGGGUUUAUGUCUACGACAUGGGUGACCUGGCGGACAGGCCGAUCUCCUGUGCGCGGAUUGGCUUCUGGGGCUCGGAGGUCUACGUCGACCGCUUCUUGAGACAUGCUGGCUGCCGCACCCAGGAUGCAGAGGCCGCAGACUUGUUCUUCAUCCCUCUGUACCUCACCUGCUGGGAGCUGCAGGUUGGCAAGCAUCUCACGAAGGGAGCGAAGCUCAUGGCACUGGAGGAGAUGCAUGAUCGCAUCUCGAGUCUGCCGUACUUUCAGAGGAAGGAGGGGCUGGACCACGUGUUUCUCUUCGGUUCCUCCGUAUGGCAGCUGCAUAGGUGGCGCGACCUAUUCCCGCGGUCGAUCCUGCUUGUCGUGGAGUCCGAGCCCAUCGAGUGUAACGACAUCCCGUGGGACGACAGUUUAUGCUGGCACUGCAAGGACUGUUUCCAGCCCUGGAAAGACCUGGUGGUGCCUCCGCUGACACCGCUCACCGGUGCUCGCAGCCUGAUGGCGAAGUCCAGGCCCUUCUUUCGGCGCAAGUUCCUCAUGACUUGGAGGGGCCAGCAUGCGGAGUCCGGCCUUCCAGAGGUGCGCAAGGCCUAUUUGGUCACCAACGAGACGGUGCGCACCGCACUGAUCCACAACUUGAGUCAUCUCCCGGAUGUGUCUAUUGGCUCCCCUGUCUCCGGCUACGCGGACCUCAUGGGCAACUCCAAGUUCUGCUUGUGCCCCAAAGGAGCCAGCUCUUACACCUCACGCCUCUUCGAGGCACUCUUCGCUGGCUGCAUUCCAGUCAUCCUUUCAGACCACUUGCGUCUACCCUUCGACCACGUCGUGAACUGGUCCGAAUUCAGCAUUCAUUGGCCGAUGGAAGAGGCGGACCUCAGCCUCUACCGGUACCUCCAAGGGCGGCUGGAGCACGAUGCUGCCGGGAUCAUGAACCUGCAGCGCCGAGGGGGCGAGUUGCGCUGCUGGUUCGAUUACUUCUCGCAAGAGGAGGACCCACAAAAGUGCUCUCCGUAUGCUGCGCUGCUGAGCGGUCUGGGCCAGCGGGUGGCAAGCAUGCCGCGGCCUCGCCUGGCAGUGAGCAGCGAGCAGCGAAGAGAAAAAGGGAACCACCAGGGACGAGAGCUCCAAAGCGAGACUCAUGCCCUCGACCAGCGACGCGGCAGGACGUACUUUCCGCUCAGGAAGAAGCCGCUCGGAAGGACCGAUGGCGUAGACGAGGACACGUAUUGUCGGCAAAGAGAGGCCAUCUACAACCAGUUCUUGAAGGGCAACAGGCCGACGAUAUUCGAUGGCGAUAAGGAUUGCCAUCAGCUUCUCGCAGCAGAGAAGCCUUCGCAGCAGUGCGAGGCUGCAGAAGCGAGUGGCAAAGAGGGAGGACACCCGCUCCUCCGUGGCUCGGCCGGCAAGCAGACUUUGCGACCUCUUCGCCUUUGGGCCGAGGGCUCCCAAGCCAGCGAGUACUACGGCAUCCUGCGUGUCGGGACACCUCCUCAAGAGUUCGAGGUUGUGUUCGACACAGGCAGUGGCAACUUGAUCAUACCGUCAACUGCCUGCGGCAGUGAUGCAUGCCGGAUGCACCGGCGCUUCAACAGCACCGCAUCACGCACGGCCAUCGAUGUGGCAUUUGCCGAGAAUCCUGAUGAUCAGGGCUACAUGGGCUCCAUGGGCCCCAUGGGCCGGCCAGGAGGCAAAGGCCCGGUCCUUCCCAAAAUCUCCGACUCACGUUACGGCUAUGGCGGCUAUGGCGGCUUCGGCGCGGGCUAUGGUGGUGGUGCCGGUGGUUAUGGAGCGGAUGGUGGCAGUUCCGUUUUCACCCAGCCCGGCUACGGUGCUGGUGGUGGCUACGGCGGUGAUAUUUAUGGGGGCUAUGGUGGCUAUGGCCCGGCCGCGCAACAAAGUGAAAGAUAUGGUCCGUACUCGACUGGCGGAGCAGCAGGACCUGCCUGGCAGGAUGGAGCUGGGUAUGUGGAAACAGAGAAAGAUAGGUUAGUUCGCUCGAUCAAAGAUAUCCAGCGCAGCGACCCGGCAGGGAAGGAGCAGUGGGAGCGGUUUGCGGAUGCUACACGGAUGGGCAGCAGAGAUCCCAGCCGCCACCCCGAGGAGCAUCUCCGGAGCUUCCUCGAGGCCAGGCAAGCGGGCAAGGCGCCGGAGCAAAUAGUGUCUCAGCUGGGAAGCACCCGCUUCAUUCGUCUACGAGGUGUGCCGUUUCAGGCCGAGCUCCAUGAGGUGGUGGACUUCUUGUCUAUGUACAGCAUCCCUCAGGAAAAUGUCGUUUUCGGACGCCGUCCCGAUGGUCGCAUCACUGGCGAGGCCUACGUGAUGUUCCGCAGCACGGAGGAGGCUGAGAAUGCGCUGAACUCCCUGCAGAACGGGGAGAUCCAAGGUCGCUACAUCGAGCUCUUCCGCUCCACGGAGGAAGACUUUCAGCGAAUGUCUAGCCUAAAAGCAGCUGCUCCAGCUACUGCCGACAUGGGCAAGGACUAUUUGGUGAUGAAAAUCAAGCAGAUCCAGCGCAGCGGGCAGGAAGCAAAGGAUGCCUGGUACCGAUACUGCGAGAGCACGCGUACCGGCAAUCACGAUCCUGCAAGACACACCCCAGAGUCCCUGAAGGCUUUCAUCGAGGCGUAUGAGAGCGGUCAAGCCCCCGAGCAAGCCGCGCAGAAGGUUAUUCAGCUGUCGCAUGUUCUGCGACUAAGAGGGGUCCCCUUCCAGGCAAACGUGGAUCAUGUAGUUCAAUUUUUAGCAGACUUUGGCAUCGACAGGUCACGUGUGACGAUGGCACAAGGUGUCGGCGGCCGUCCAACAGGAGAGGCUUACGUGCAGUUCGGAAGUGUGGAAGAAGCCGAGUCGGCCCUUCAAACGAAGCAACGCCAGGAGAUCCUCGGGCGUUACAUAGAGCUGUUCCGGUCGUGUCAAGAAGACUUCGACAAGAACGUUCCCGGCAACGUGCCCGGCAACGUGCCCUACUCUAUGGGAAACAUGCCGGGAGGAGGCUGGAAUCAGACGGCAGUGCCGCCGCCCAUGAUGUCAUCUCCGACGCCAUCUCCGCUUGCGCUUACGUCUGGAAAGGAGGAGCUCGUUGCGCAAGUCAAGAAGAUCCAGCGCAACCAUGAGGAUGGCAAGAGCAAGUGGGAGGAGUACUGCACGGUGCUUCGCACUGGCAACCGGGACCCUGCACGGCACACGCCGCAAGCGCUACAGAUGUUCCUGGAGGCCUUCGAAAAAGGAGUGAUGCCGACAGAGCCGAUCUACGGCAAAGUUAUACGUCUGCGUGGGGUACCGUUCCAAAGCGAGCUGUCAGACGUGGUGUCCUUCUUGGCGGAGUACAGCAUCGACGAGAAGAGCAUCGUCAUGGGCCGCGGGGCCGAUGGGAAGAAGACCGGCGAGGCCUAUGUCAUCAUGCCCUCCGUUGAGAUUGCAGAAAAGGCUCUCGAGGAGAAGCAGAAGCAGGAGAUACACGGCCGGUACAUCGAACUCUUCAGGGCCUCGCUGGACGAUUGGGACGAAUCCAAGGUUCACCACGAAGCCUUCCUCCGCAUGCAUGGCGGCACGGCAGACGCUAUCAACAAGGAGGCGUUGGUCGCGGAGGUGAAGCACAUCCAGCGAUCCAGCGAGGAUGGACGUGCCAAGUGGGAGCAGUUCUGCGACACCCUGCGCACAGCCAACCGCGAUCCGGUGCGGCACACUUCCGACACCUUGCGUGCUUUUGCGCAAGGCUACAAGAACGGCGAGAACUUGGACACUGUCGCCAACAAUCUGGGAAAGGAUAGCCCUGUGGUCCGGAUGCGCGGAGUGCCAUUCCAAGCGGGUGUGGAAGACAUUCUCUAUUUCCUGAGCGACUACAGCAUCCGGGAGCACGACAUCACCUUCAUGAAGAGGCCUGACGGCCGGCACAUGGGCGAGGCGAUCGUCGUGUUUCCCAAUGCCCAGCUCGCUCAAAAGGCACUAGAUGAGAAGCAGCGCCAGGAGAUCCAGGGCCGUUAUAUCGAGCUCUUCAGGUCGAGCCACGGUGAGCUUGAGGAGUGCCGAACGAUGACGCACAUGCCGCCGGCACCGCGCAACGCAGCAAAGGAUGCUGCAGGUUGGACCGGCACGCCGAACGCAGGUUGGGCUCCGGACUGGGGUGCCUGGGGUGAGGUAUCGACCGACCCCUCCUGGGGGGCCAAGGGAGGCGCCAUGCCCGCUGCGGGUACCGGGUAUAAUUGGGCGACCAGCGGCAAAGGACUCUUUGGCCCGUCUGCAGGCUUCCGUGGAGCUGGACCAUACGCGAGACAGUGA